CCGAGCUUUUUUAUUUUCUUUUCAGAAAAGAAAAUUAACACUGAUUAUUUACUAUUGCUACCACAGGUUUUGAUAUGUCGAAAUGAGGCUGAAAAAUGCUUAAUUGAGACAUCUAUUAAUUCCCUUCGCAUAAGCCUCAAGGUAAAGCAGGCAGAUGAACUUGAAAAUAUACUAACUAAAAAAUUUCUUAGAUUUUUAUCGAUGAGGGCAGAAGCAUUCCAGGUAUUGAGGAGAAAGCCAGUGCAGGGUUAUGAUAUUAGUUUUCUUGUAACAAAUUACCAUUGCGAGGAUAUGCAGAAGCACAAGCUCAUUGAUUUUAUUGUACAGUUCAUGGAGGCAAGCAUUUUUCCAAACCUUAUAAAAUUGCAUGUAUUAAUUGACUGCUGCUUGAAACGAUUGCUCAAUUUAUACCUUUUAUUUUUGAAUCGUAGUUGGUCAAUUAAUAUAUUUGAGAAUACCAAUUGCCUCUGUUGGGUUAGGGUGGGUUGUUUCUGGAACACACAAAUUUAAUGAGUGAAGUUUCGAACACCCAAGUUUCCUGUCCUUUUGCAUGAAUAGUAGCCAUUUGACUAUGUAUAGCUUUGAUGCAAACUCAUAUGGAAUUCCUUUUGUACGAAGAGGCCUUGGAGCUGGUACUCUGAGAAAACAAUUUUCUUUGU